AUGGCACCAAUGUUCCCCCACCCCCGCCGCAUCGUCACCGGCCACGACGAGCAGGGCAACGCCGUCUUCGUCGACGACAAAGCCAUCCCCACAGUCCCAACAUCAUUCGACUGCGACUUUGCCGUCCUGUACGAAACGCACGAGUUCCCAGCCAACCUGGACGAGUGGAAGGAUCCGACUCUGGAGCGCACAAAGUCGCUGGCCAAUGAAGAUGGAGUUGUGUUGAGGGUGGUUGAUUUUAAGCCUCAUACCAAGACUCGGUUUCAUCGGACGAUGUCGUUGGAUUUUGGGAUUCUGUUUGAGGGAGAAAUCACUUGCUACCUCGACAACGGCGCAGAACUUACUCUGAAGAAAGGCGAUGUCUGUGUUCAGCGCGGCACAAUCCAUGGAUGGGAGAAUAAGAGCGAUAAGCCGGCGCGAGUAUACUUUAUUUUGACAGCGUCCAAACCGGUGCACGUGGGUGGCAAGCUGCUCGCCACAGCAGGCUUCGACGACAGAGAAGCCGAGACAGGAGGGAAAUAG